AUGAAUCUAUUUGUUACUGGAACAGCUCAAGGAGAGGUCAAGCUGUUCAAAUAUGAUGCUCAAAAGUUGGAAGAUUCUGUUCUUCCUUUCAAUACAUAUGAUUCUAGCUUAGGGCUACCGAAUUGUACCACCGUUGGAGUGUAUGGUAAGGAAGUUGAUCUUGAUGACGUUGAGAACGAUGCUGUAGUGAUGUCUUGGAGGACAAAAAGACACAAGGGAAGCUGUCGAGAUGUCAAAUUUGACUGCCAGGGAGAAUAUAUAUAUACGGCAGGUAGCGAUGGUGUGAUCAAGAAAGCUGAUGUGAGCACGGGUAAAGUUGUGGCGAAAAUUGAAAGGAAUGAUAGUGCUGAAGCUGAAGAAGGAGUAGAAGCUACUAUUACUAGAAUUUUGACGGUUCCUAACAAGCCUUUUUUGAUUGUAGGAGAUGAAGAUGGAAAUGUUAAAUGCUAUGAUACAAAUAGUAUGGAGAAAUUGUAUGAGUUGAAGAAAGUUCAUGGGGAUGCCGUGAAUGGAAUCUGCCAUUGUGCUCCCAAAUCGGACUACAAGUUUGUGAGUAUAGGAUCAUUAACUUUAGCCAACUGGGAUAUCAGAAAGGAGAAAGUGAUUCAUAAAAGCGAGAGUCAGGAUGAUGAGGUCCUCUCGUGUGCUUGGGUAGACCAGGAUACGCAAAAGACGAUGAUAUGUGGAAUGGCAGAAGGUAUUGUGACCGUGUGGAAGCCUGAAUAUAACGAAUUUGAGGACCAGAUCUCACGAAUUAAUCUGGAUAAAGAGGAGUCUGCGGAAUCCGUUAUCAGUGCCAUGGAUAGUAACGAUAGAUAUGGAUAUGUGGGGAUGUCCAACGGUAUUGUGAGCAAGAUUGAUAUAGCUCACGGAAGAAAAAUCGAACAGAUUUUUCAUACUGAAAAGGAUGAUGAUAGUGUCAGUAUUUUGGAUUUGGACCACGAGUAUCGGUUAGUUAGCGCUGGAAUUGAUAAGCUAAAGUUAUGGAGUAAUAAGGGUAAUGACGACAAUGACGACGCUGCCAGUAUUGCUUCUUCCGAUUCCUCUUCUGGUCCACCUAAUAAGAAGCUAAAGCCACAGGCCCUUCCUACGAUAUCAUCCCAUGGAAUUACUAAGUUUGACGAUUUAUAG